AUGGAUUUAAGGUUGAGAGAUUUCAUAAGAAUGAACCCUCCUAUGUUCUUUGAUUCAAAAGUGGGUGAAGACCCUCAAGAGUUUUUGGCAGAGGUCUACAAGAUAAUUGAUGCUAUGGGGGUGACUUUUAUAGAGAAAGCGGAGCUAGCUGCUUACCAAUUUAAGGAUGUCGCCGAAGUGUGGUAUACUCAAUGGAAGAAUAAUAGGCCGGUAGAAGCGGGUCACAUAGAUUGGGAGGUGUUCAAGAAAGCAUUCCUUGAUAGGUUCUUUCACCAAGAUAAGAGGGAAGCAAAGGUGGAGGAAUUUAUCAACCUUCGACAAGGAGGUAUGACUGUUCAAGAAUAUUUUCUAAAAUUCACUAAGUUGUCCAAGUAUGCUCCGUCUUUGAUGUCGAAUCCGAGGGAUGAGAUGUGUCAGUUUGUGAUAGUUGAUGAGUCAAGGCUUAGGAAGAAGAAUCGAGAGGUGAAGAGGGCAAGGUCCUAUGAGGGGAAUUCUUCCAAGGGUAAAUUUGAGGGUCAAGGUAGAGCAAGUUUCAAGAGAAGGUUUUCCAAUAAAGGAUUUUCUAGUGCUCUAAGGGACAACAAAGAUAGGGCGUCUAACCCUAAGACUCAAGGAGGCAAUAGUGGUGGAUCUUCUAUGGUAAGGCCUACUUGUGCCAAGUUUGGCAAGAAACAUGAUGAUAAGUGCCUUGUUAGCACGGAAGGUUGCUAUAGUUGUAGGAAUAGUGGUCAUUUGAUGAGAGAUUGUCUCAUGCUUAAAGUUCAAGGAAGAGAGGGAAAGAAAGUUCCUCCUAGUUGUUAA